AUGGAUCUGUUUGAUUUACAAGCAAGUGUUGAAAAAUUGCAAGAUGGCCUCUCCCAGGAAGUGGAAGAGUUGCCUACUGCAGUUGAUGACAAUAUGUUGAGCAAUGAUGCAGGCAGAACUACAAUCUCAUCGUUCCUUCAUGAAACUGGCAACAGGGAAGUGCAGCUCCUACACUCUGCUAAGGGCCAUGAAAUUACACCAGCUUGGAAGAAAUUGAAUGAAGUCACACUGUGCCAUCUCAUUAUCUUCAACCGCAGACGACAGGGGGAAGUAUCCAAAAUUAAACUGGAAGAUUUUCACAAGCGCAGUAGUGCAGCCAUUGUGAAAGGUGAUUGCGUGAUGACUGAUCUUGAACGGCACCUCUGUAAAAUGUUCCAAGUCAUUAAAAUAUUUGGUAAGAGGGGCAGAACUGUUUCUGUGCUUCUUGGUACUGAUGUGAUGGCGUGGUUGAAGGCUCUGGUCGCAAAUAGAAAUGCAGCUGGAGUGGCACAAGACAAUAUAUUCUUAUUCGCACGAAGUUGUUACGGAGGCUCAGGUCAUAUACGAGGAAGCGACUGUCUACGAGCAUAUGCAAAUGAGGCGGGCCUUGAGAAUGCUGGUAGCAUGCGGUCUACAAAGCUUCGUAAACAUGUAGCGACUGUUUCACAAAUUCUGGCCUUGAAUGAACAUCAGCUUGAAACACUUGCAGACUUCAUGGGUCAUGAUUUGCGGGUCCAUCGCGAGUACUACCAGUUGCCAGACACUGUCCAGAGGGUUACCAAACUGUCUAGACUUUUCCUCAGCUUGGAGAGAGGCAACUUGGUUUCGCAACAUGGCAAAUCUUUGGAGGAGUUGCAUGUUACUGGAGAAGGCUUCACCAGCGAUGAGGACAGCAGUGAUUCAGGUGACUCGUGUGACCCAGCUUUGGAGGACAGUGUUGAUGCCAGAAGGCCACCAACCCAAACGGAUCCAGCUCCAAAAGCUCGACAAGUCAAGCGUCGACAAUUCAAGCGACGCCCCUGGACUGCCCAGGAAAAGAAAGACGUAACUGAGGGCUUGCAGAGAUUCAUUUUGCUGAAGAAGAUUCCAGGAAAACGUGACAUUGAAUCGUCCUGUCCUGUGGCAUUGCAGACCAGAACUUGGAAAAACAUUAAGGACUUUUGUAGAAACACGAUGACACUUAAACAAAUUUAAGGUCUCCUGCACCACCAAAGUACAGUCAUAACCUAGAGUGACUCUGUAGGCACAGCCAAAUGAUUAGUCUAGACCUUUGGCUUGCCCCCCCCCCCCCCCCCC